AUGGGGAACCUAAUGAUAUUCGCCCGAAGGAGGGUGACAAAGAGCAUCACGCUGGAGGACCUGGCGUCCAUGAUAAGAGAAUGCACCUACGUAGUGGCCCUAACAGGCUCAGGAACAUCAGCAGAAAGUAACAUCCCCAGUUUCCGUGGAACCAACAGUUCUAUAUGGAGUAAAUAUGAUCCCAAAAUAUAUGGCACCAUUUGGGGAUUCUGGAAAUCACCAGAAAAAAUUUGGGAAGUUAUUAGGGACAUCUCAUCAGAUUAUGAAAUCGAAUUGAACCCAGGACAUACAGCUCUAUCGGCAUUAGAAAAUUUGGGAUACUUAAAAACAGUUAUCACACAGAAUAUAGAUGGCUUACAUGAGGAGAGUGGGAAUUCAAAAGUAAUUCCCCUGCAUGGGAGUGUCUUUGAAGCUCGCUGCUGUACAUGUAGGGAGACAAUUCAGUUAAACAAAAUAAUGUUACAGAAAACCUCUCAUUUCAUGCACCAGCUACCUCCAGAAUGUCCUUGUGGUGGAAUUUUUAAACCUAAUGUUGUUCUUUUUGGAGAAGUCAUUCCUAAGUCCCUUUUGAAACAAGCUGAGAAGGAGAUAGAGAAGUGUGACCUUCUUUUAGUUCUGGGCACUUCUUCCUCCGUCUCCACCGCAACUAAUUUGUGUUACUAUGCUCAUAGGAAGAAGAAAAAAAUUGUCGAGGUGAAUAUCUCCAAAACGUAUAUCACGAAUCGCUUGUCCGACUACCAUGUGCGCGCCAAGUUCAGCGACUUG